CAACUUCGCGGUCUGGUGUGAUUUGCUGGUUCUGAAGACGGUUCUCCUGCUUGUUCUUCUCCUGGUUCUCUUGCAUUUGAGUAUCAUCUGCUGCUGCACCCAACAUCGAACACUACACAAACAUAUCUAAACACAUUUACGUGUAUAUUCCAGCACACACUCGGUAACACACACACACACACACACACACACACACACACACACACACACACACAGACUCUCACACCGCUGCUCAGUGGUUUUCCUGCUGCUAAGGUAAGUUGAAUCAUCAGUAUUAGUGGAUUCACUGGUUUCACAGGUUUAAUAUCAUUAAUCGUCACUGGUCAUUGACUGUGGUGUCUUUGUUGAACUAAUUGGGUUUUUUCUGUUCUUCAGAUGCCGAGAGCCCGGGGUCAUCGGCGUGCUCAGGCCGCGAGACGCAGGCUGGCGCAGCCCCAGGACUGGAGUCCUGCACCUGCUGUUCCGGAGUUUGUGGCCCGGCGUGGCACAGGCUUUCGGCACCGUGUGCGGAGAUGGCCAACUUCUGUCCUGACCGGGAAGUCCCGCAAGUUGGUCACUCCUGCCCGGGAUCCGGAGAAGAAGAUGGUGUUCGUCGUUGGAGACUCGCACCUGAGGGCCAUGGUGGACGGGUAUGUAGCUGUGCCCGAGGGACCUCUGUGCUUCUCCUAUCUGUGUGUUCCAGGUGCAGGGGGCUCCCAGCUGAGGACGGAGCUCCUGCAUGCUGACCUGCCCUGGACCCCAGAUGCUGUGUGUGUGUGCGCCCCCAGCAACGACCUUGUGUCCCGGACUGUGGACAGUGCAGGUCUCGACUUCAGUGCUCUCUUGACCACGGCCUGCAGCUUCUGGCCCAAGGUGUUCGUGCUGGACUUCCCUCCACGCCUGAACAUUGAGCCUGGCCUUCAGGAGCUGCUGCGUCAGGAAUACCAUCGUGUCGCAGCACGUAUGGGUGUCCCGUACGUGUCUGUGGCAGAGCACUUUCCCCUGCACCGGUUGGAGCUGUGGUGCCCUGACCAGGUGCACUUGAGUGACUCGCAUGGGAUGGAGGUUUUGGUCCAGCUGCUGUGGGAGGCUGCUUUCCAGCAGCUGGUGCCUCCUCCAUCCCAGGCACCGGUGCGUCCCCCUGCGCCAAAGCGUGCCAGGGUUGCUCCCAGGCUGGUGGUGACGGGACACGUCCCCGUGCCCCGUCACAGGAACCCCUGGGAGUGGAGUGUGGUUGGACAGGGGGGCAAGGCUGCACGCCCGGCGGAGGGAUCUUCUGCGAUCCCUCCCAACCCGGUGUGGUUCCGGGGGCCCAUGUUGGACGCCAUGGAGAAGGUGUCCCCUUCUUCUGGCUCUGACGGCAGCCCCGCUGUCCCGCCAGCUGGCCAGACCUCCCGUGUGCUGCGUCGGCCAGCAGGUGUUGGCAGGAGGCACAGAGGGGGAAAGCAGAAGGUGUUGGCAACUCCUUCACCUGCUUGUGAGCCCAUGUCUGCUUCUUGCCCCAGCCCACCAGUCCCCCAGGUGGAAGCACCAACCCAGGAGGUGGUGGAGGAGGUGUUGCCCCCGACUGCAGGCCCGGUUCCAGCGGCGGUCGGGGAGGAGGUUCCUGCAGCGUGCCCUGCUGUGCCGACGGAGCGACGCCUCAUCCCCGAAGCUAAGUGUGCCGUUCUUGAGAGUUCCGGGUCAGGCCAGUCAGGUGUUGGUGUGAGCGCAGCGAGGCCAGCAGCAGUGGUUGAUGUCAGGACUGGGAUCAGGCUUCUGAAGGCUGUGCAGGGAUCCUUCCAUCAGGGCAGCUCGAGGUUUAUCGAUGGUGGGCAGCAGUGCAUGGCGAUCGCGGGGUUGAGCUUAGCCAGACACACUUUGAACAGUGUGUUCUCGUGGGGGAGGCAGGAGCUUGAUGAUGCUUUGGUUUCGGGGGAUUGUUUCUACAAGUGGGUCAUGAGUCGCCCUGGCUUCAAGCCUUGGUCAUCUUAUCUGUCUGUGACUGACCUGCCAGAUCAGAUCAAGGUGGAUGGUCAGGUGCUGAAAUUUACUAUUGGCUUCACUGCGUCAGGUUGUAUGCACAUGUCUGAAGGUGAUUACACGUCUGAAGGUGCCCGCGUUGAUAACAGUGUGUUGUUCACUCUGCCGGAUGGACUAAAGGAGGUCUUUGUUAAACGUGGACACAGUGCAUGUCUGCUUACAAUGUGUUCCAACACGUCUGCCAUCAUCUUCGAGGACGGACGGUUUGCUGUGGUGGACAGCCAUCCACGGAGUGGUGUUGGCUUGUUUGACCCCAGAGGCACCAGCGUGCUUCUGCAGUUUACAAGUUUUGAGGACCUGGAACACUACAUCUCUCAGUUGUUUGACAGCCUAAGUUCAGGGUCAGGCCAGCCGUACUUUGAGCUGUGUGGCAUUGAUAUUGGUGGGGGUGCAGGUCCAGCCCUGUCUGUUGGUCCUCUGGUGAGUCACGUCGCUGAGACGAGUUCUGCUCCAGCACCAGAGUCUCCUGAGGCAACUGAGAGCAAAACACCGGCUGAGGCUCCUGCAGGCUCUUGUGUGUCUGAGAGUGAUGUUGGUGUUGAUGCCAGUCCAGCACUGUCUGGUGUUUCUGUGGAGAGUCACGUCACUGUGAUGAGUUCUUCUCCACCACCACAGUCCCCUGAGGUCACUGAGUCCAGGACUGUGGCUGGGGCUCCUGCAGGUACUUGUGUCUUAGAGAGUGAUGUAGGUACUUGUGUCUUUGAGAGUGAUGUUGCUGCCAGUCCAGCACUGUCUGGUGUUUCUGUGGAGAGUUACGUCGCUGGGACGAGUUCUGCUCCAGCACCAGAUUCCCCUGAGGCGACUGAGAGCAAAACAUUGGCUGAGGCUACUGCAGACACUUGUGUCUUUGAGAGUGGUGUUGCUGCCAGCCCAGCACUGUCUGGAGUUUCUGUUCAGACUGUUGCCAGUGUUGUGAGCAGUGGUUCAACUGCAGAAACAACUAUUACUGAUGGCAGGAGGCGUAGGACUUCUCGUUACACUCGUUUGUUAAAGAAAUCAAAGCGCUACGAUGCUCCUGAGCUCAACGCUGAUGUGGAGUUUGUAGCUGCUGUGAGGACUGAGGAGCUGGUCUUCUGUCCUCUUGAUGUUGAUGUUUGUCGGACUUUGUGUAGCAGGUUUGAUGUUGACUUUGAGCGGAUCAGUGCUUCUGCGUCAAGCCGGGUUGGUUCGCUGGGUGUUCCUUGCAGGAAGGAGAAGGUAGUGGCUGAUGGGAACUGCUUCUUCAGAGCCAUCUCUCAGGCUGUGAGUGGCUCUCAGAAGCACCAUCGUAAGAUCAGACUGGCUGUCUGUAAACAGCUGGAGAAAGAGGCAGCUCAGUACCAGGGCUUGUUGAGAUCCGAGUUCUCCUCUGUCUCCCAGUACAUUCAGCAGUCUAGGAUGAGGUUUGUGGGUAGUUGGGCCACGGAGGUGGAAAUUCAGGUUACAGCUGACUGGUUAGGAGUUAGUGUGUGUACCUUCACCGAUGGACGCUGGUUGAAGUACGGUUGUAGCAGGAAGCAGUUGUCGCCACAGUGUAUUUAUUUGGAGAAUAUUGGUGGGACUCAUUUUGAGAAUGUUGUCUGUGUUUGUGAGCCUGGACUGGAGAGCUGUUAUGGGUACUGUAAAGUGAGUGAGGUCAUUGGUUACAGCAUGAGGUCAAGGAUGGUGGAGGCUGUAGUUUUGGAUGUCGAUAGCUCACUAGUUGGAUGCGAGGUUGCUGACAGACGUAUUGUUUGUGGUGAGGCUGUAGAAUGUGUUAAUCAGGUUAGACAAAGUAGUACUCGGUUGCAGACAAAUUAUCAGAGACAGAAGAAAAGCAGAAAGGAAAAACUUAAUAUUGCGCUCAGGGAGAAGCGGAGAAAAACUUACAAGAAGACUUAUCAUAUGAAUGUUGCAUUAAAGGUGAGGCAAAUAUCUAGGAGUGUUAAAAAAUAUCAUACAAAUAUUUUACAUAGGGACAGAGUUAAAACAAUGAACAGACAUAGAUAUAGAGAUGUUAUUCAACAUAGAGAAAGGAUCAAAAAGGAUAGUGUUAAUAAAUACAGAACAAACCUGCAGCAUCGGCAGAAGGUGAAAGAAAAUAGUGUGAUAAAAUACAGAACAGACCCGCAGCAUAGGCAGAAGACAAAAUCCAUUAGCAAAAAGAAGUACAGUGGCAGUUUAGAACACAGGCAGCAAGUCAUUGCUCGUGUAGAGUUGAGUAGGAAGCAGGUAAAGGACAAGUCUCAGGAUUUUGGUUUUGUUAUGGAGCAGUUUGUAGAGAAAGUUAAAGACGGUCCAGAUUUUGUUUGUUGUGUUUGUCAUCGGUUGUUGUUCAGGCAUCAGGUGCUGAGUUGUCAGAGGGAAGUCUAUAGUUCCAGGUCAGAAUCGGCUCGUGUAGCGGAGAGAUGCAUCAGCGAGGAUUAUUUGCAUUGUUGUAGUGAGGAGUGUGCUGAGCCCUGUCAACUGGUUCCUUCCAGAGGACACCUGUGGAUUUGCUUCACCUGUCAUUCUAAGGUCAGUAAAGGCGUGACUCCAGCUGAGUGCUGGAUCAAUGACCUGCAGCUUGAUCCCAUUCCACCUGAACUGGGAUGCUUGCAUAGUUUAGAGCAGCACCUGAUUGCAUUGCAUAUUCCGUUCAUGAAGAUGUUGGCGCUGCCUAAAGGAGGGCAGAAUGGAGUACAUGGACCAGUCACCUGUGUUCCAGCCAACAUUGUUCAGACCACCAACGUGUUGCCACGGUCGAGUAUGGAAGGCUCUCUGUUACAGGUCAAGCUGAAGAGGAAGUUGACCUACAAGGGACACUAUGAGUAUCAGUUUGUGGAUACUCUACGUGUCAGGCAGGCGCUAGACUAUUUAACGAGAACUAAUGUUUAUUAUAAAGACAUUAAGUUCAAUGAGAACUGGGUCAAUGAGUUUAGCAGGCAGGAAGAUGAGGAACAGGAAGAGGCUGAGUCAGGCAGUGAGGAUGAGGCAGUGAAGGAGAAGGUUGAUGUUCAGGUUGUUGUAGAGGGCGAGGCGGCCCAUCAGGAAUGUGGCGAGGUUCAGAGAAGGCCUGCAGUUGUUCAUGUUGUUGUGGAGGAAUCAGCAGACAUAAUUCAAGAUGAAAUGUUACAUGACAGACAGCAACACUGCAUGUUUCAGGACACUUGUCUUAUGCCUGUUGAUAUUGGUCAGGAAGCUCUGGACCAGUAUUUUGAGGACAUAGUCAAUGUAGCGCCUGCAGAGGGGAACAGUCCAGUCCGGAUGCUUUCUGAUGAUUCAAACGAAGCCAAGUGUUUCCCCGUGUUGUUUCCUUUAGGACAGAAGACCUUCCAUCAUGAGCGGAAUCAUCCUUUGACGUUGUCGCGUUAUUUUAAUAACCGGAUCAUGCACGCUGAUGGCCGUUUCGCGCGAAAUGUUGAGUAUAUCUUUUUUGCUCAGUUCAUGUCUGAGAUGGACAGGGUGGUGUCUAGUGUUUCUGUUGCGUUGCGUAAGGGAAAAGGUGAUCAGGGCUCUGCACAGAUUAGCCAGAGGAUGUUGCAGGAUGAGGAGUCUCUGAAGCAGUUGUUCCAGUUUGAUGAGGGUUUCCGGUUUCUGAAGCCUAUUAGAGGGACUCCUGCGUUCUGGCAGUCUGUGCAGAAGGACAUCUUUGCCUGUGUCCGUCAGUUAGGCAUCCCGACGUGGUUCUGUUCGUUUUCGUCUGCAGAUCUGCGCUGGCAGAACCUUCUGACCAGCAUCCUGAAACAGGAAGGCAGAGUGCAGACGGUGGAGGAUUUGGAGUGGGCAGACAGGUGUGAGUUGUUGCGGCGUAAUCCGGUGACUGCGGCCAGGAUGUUUGAUUACAGGUGGCAUUGUUUUCUGAAAGAGGUUCUCAUGUCUCCUUCUGAGCCAAUUGGCAGAAUCAUCGAUCACUUCUACCGUGUUGAGUUUCAGCAGCGUGGUUCUCCUCAUGUUCACUGCUUGUUCUGGAUCGAGGGCGCUCCUAAAAUUGACCAGAACACAGAUGAGGAGGUGGUCGAGUUUAUUGAUCAGUUUGUGACGUGUGAGCUGCCCUCAGACGACGACACAUUAUUGGACAUUGUGUCGUCGGUUCAAACACAUUCCAAACGACACUCAAAGUCUUGUCGGAAGAACAAGACGACGUGUCGUUUCCAUUUCCCAAAACCUGCUUCUACGCGUACAUUCCUUUGUAAGAUGAAGGAAUGUCGCUGUGACAAACAGAAGCUGAAGGAGGCCCAGAAGAAUCCUGAUUCAGAAAACAAGCUGGUCUGUAAGUGCUUUGAGAAGGAUAACCUGAUGAAGAAGGAGGUCGCAAAGGAGAUUUUGGCGUCUGUGAGCAAAGCUAUCAGGGAGGAGGAGCCGUUUGAUAGUGUAGAGGAGUUGUUUGCCAGUCGACACAUCAACCAGGAUAUCUUUGAAACGGCCUACAGGAGGUUGGAGAAAAAGACCAAGGUUGUGUAUAGGAGAGGGUUGAAGGAGGUGUGGGUAAACCAGUAUAGCAAGAAGUUGUUGAAGUGCUGGAACGCUAACAUGGACCUUAGCUUUGUCACCGACGCCUACGCUGUAAUUGUUUACAUCAUUUCGUACAUUACGAAAGCAGAGAGAGAGAUUGGCCUACUAUUGAACAACGCCCAAAAAGAAGCAAACAAAGAAGGAAACCUCUCUGCUCGAGAAGCCCUGAAGAAGCUGGGCAGUGUAUAUUUACACAACAGGGACGUUUGUGCCCAGGAGGCGGUGUAUAGGCUAACCAACAUGCACCUGAAGGAGUGUUCCAGGAAGGUGGUGUUUGUUCCAACAGGGAACAACAUCGUGAGGAUGAGUUUACCCCUCCAUGUCCUGAAGGAGAGGGCGUCAUCACAUGAUCUGAGCUCAGAUGACAUGUGGAUGACCAGCACAGUGGACAGGUACAGGAACAGGCCUGAUGGUGGUGUGUUUGACAACAUGUGUAUUGCCACGUUUGCCUCGGAGUAUCGUGUUCUCACCAGGAAUGAAAUUUCACCAAACAGAAUCGAGUUGAAGAACAAACUGGGCUUCAUCUUGAGGAGAACACGGUCUCAGUUUGCAGUUGUCCGCUACAUGCGCUUCAAUUUGGACAAACAACGAGAGGCUUAUUUUCAGGGUGUGCUGCAGUUGUUCCUUCCUUAUAGAAGUGACUCAGAGCUCAAGCCCGAGGGCUUCCAGCUCUUUGAACAGUUCUAUAACGACGGUGAGGUGACGUUUGGCGACGGCUCCGUUCAUACAGUCAAGGUGGUGGUGGAUGAGAACAGGGCCCGGUUUGAGAUCGAUCCUGAGAACCUGGAGCGUGCUGAGGAGAUUGCUCAUCAGGUCCACGGCCUUGAGGAAGACGCUUGGGGGGACCUGUGUCCUGAACAGGAGCUGGAACACGACGAGUGUGCUGAAGAGUUGAGAGAGCAACAGGCAACAGAGAUAGCAGAUGAGCAGUUGGUGGAGGGUCUGGAGAACGUUCCAGAUCUGCAGGAACGUGGCCGACAGGUGGCCCAGUUAGAGAGAAACAGGCUGGUGUUGUCUCGUGCUGAGGGCUUAGCUCUAGUUAGGUCUCUGAAUGAGACACAGCAGGCUGUUUUCUACCAGGUGAGGCAGUGGUGUCUGCAGAAGGUGAGGGGUGAAAACCCACCGCCUCUGCAUGUCUUUCUGACUGGGGGGGCGGGGUCGGGGAAAACGCAUUUAAUCAGGGCCAUCCAGUACGAGGCAGGGAGGCUGCUGUCAACACUUUGUGAUCAACCAGACGAGAUCUGUGUUUUGUUAACAGCUCCAACAGGAAUAGCUGCGUACAAUUUAAACGCAGCAACAAUUCACCACACAUUGAGCAUCGGCAAACAGUGUAGUUUACCUUACAUCCCUCUGGGUGAAGAUAAACUAAACUCUCUGCGAGCUAAAUUCCGUCACCUCCAAAUUCUAGUCAUUGAUGAGAUCAGUAUGGUGGAUCACCUUCUGUUGGCGUAUGUCCAUGGCCGCUUGAGGCAGAUCAAGCAGACUGGAGACUUUUCCCCGUUCGGUAACGUUAGUGUGAUCGCUGUGGGAGACUUUUAUCAGUUGCCUCCCGUUAAAGGGAAGCCUCUGUACAGCAGUCAGGUGGGUGUGGACCUGUGGUGCCACUUCAGUGUGGUGCAGCUGACCACGGUGGUGAGGCAGAAGGACAGCGUGUUUGCCGAGUUGCUCAACAGGUUGAGAGUGCGUUCCAGAGACACCCCCAUGUUAGAGAGUGACGUCCACAUCCUGAAGAGCUGUGAGACGGGUGAGGAGAGCUCAGCCUUGCACAUUUUCCCCACCAACCGUAAAGUGAAUGAGCACAACUUGAAGCAGCUGUGUCGGACGUGUCCCGAUCCUGUGACCAUUGAAGCUCAGGACUUCAUGAACAACAGGAGCACGGGGAAGCUGGAGUUGAUGGCGGGGCAUCACAGUGCGGCGUUGGACACGUCCUUAGAGGAGACUUUGAGUCUGGGUCCGGACGCCCGUGUGAUGCUGUGUAAGAACGUGGACGUGGAAGACGGUCUGGUCAACGGAGCAUGUGGCACAGUCACUCAUAUCCAGUUGAGACGGGGUGACAACUUUCCUCAGGCAGUUUAUGUCAAAUUUGACGAUGAGAAAAUUGGCUCCCAGAGGAGGAAGAAGCGCUCACAUGCUGCAGUGGCCUGCCGGCUCUCUACUGCCAUCGAUCCGGUGGAGGAGAAGGCCACCAAGCGUGGAGGUUUGCGUCGUCAGUUCCCUCUGAAGUUGGCCUGGGCGUGUACCGUCCAUAAGGUGCAGGGCCUGACGGUGGACCGGGCCGUGGUGUGUUUGGAGAAGGUGUUUGCACCUGGCCAGGCCUACGUAGCUCUGAGUCGUGUGAGGGAUUUGUCUGGACUGAUCAUCAUGAACUUCAAAGAGAAGUCCAUUUACUGCAAGGACACCAUCAAGGAGGCCUUGGACAGGAUGCCUCCAUUUUUGAUUGAGCAGCCACGGCCUUCAUUAGACACGCCCACUCUGUCGGUGUAUCUAAUGAACGUUCAAAAUUUAAGUCGCCACCUGGUGGAUUUGGUGUCCUGCACACAGCAUUUGCAGCCUACCUGCAUUGCUGUCACAGAGACGUGGCUCACUGCACAGUCCUCACUGGACAGCGUCCAGAUUGACGGCUACUCUUUCCACAGCCGCCCUCGUGCUCUGUGUUACAGCAGCAGUCACCCCAAACUGUCAGAGCUGCAGGCUUUAGAACAUGGUGGAGUUGGUUUGUACAGGCUAGCAGAUUCGGACUGUGACAUCCUGCAGGCACCCGAUUUGGAUCUGGAGUGUUUGGUUUGCCUGUGGAACAAAUUCAACAUAGUGAUGGCAGUAAUUUAUCGUCCACCACGUUACCCAAAUUCCCUCUUCAAGCAGAACCUGCAGCGGUUGCUGCGUUGGCUUAAUCCAAUCAGUGACACCAUUGUAGUCAUGGGAGAUUUUAAUGAGAACAUUUUAACAGGAUCAUCAAUCAGCAAAUUAAUGGGAAGCAAAGGAUUUGACCAGCUGGUGACACAAGCGAGCACAGAGAAGGGGACUCUGAUUGAUCACGUUUAUGUGAGAAGCAGACAGUUUGCUGUGGAAUGUGCAGUGAUGCCCACGUACUUCAGUGAUCAUGAAGGAAUUCUGUGUAGUUUCAGAGCUGGAGGUGACCAGGGGCAGCUGGAGGAGCUGGACAGGUGGUUUGAGCUGGAUGAUGUGGAGUUUGAGGGUGUUGAGGGGAUGUUUGAGGACGACUUGGACUGAUUGAGUCAAACUGAGCUACGUGGCAGUGGGCCGAAGCAAGUCUUGCUGUUUGUUGUUGAUCAGCUGGUUGAUAGAGAGAACUGAGUCGUAGUGCGGUGCUGAUGCUGUUGAGGGUUUUCCGUUAAAGCACUUUAUCUGCCACUCCAAAUCCUUUUAUUUCUCAUGUGUAUUUAUUGAAGGUUUUUCACAAGUUUGUUAUUGCAUGAUAUGAAAUGAGUUAUUGUGUAUGAAUUACAAGAUGGUCUUGUAGAUAUUUUGAUAUUUAACUUAUUGACAAGUUACAGGUUGAACCUGCGGAGAAUGUAGUUUGAUCAAUGAAAUCAUGUAUUUAUUAAUGUCAGUGGAAUCAUGGCUCUGUACUGCCUGCAGUUCUUGGUGUCUCUCUGUGGUUCUGUUUCUGUGUUGUUCCAGGUGUGGCUCUGUGGUCCUGGACCUGGUCUUUGUGGUUGUAGGUGUAACUUUGGUUCCAAAUGUGGUUCUAGGCUUGGCUCUGUGUUGUCGUUGGUGCUCUGUGGUUCCAGAUGUGUCUCCAGCUGCAGGUUCCCUGGUUCCAGAUGUCAGUCUCUGUUUGCCAGUCCCAGCUGUGCUCUGUGAUCCACCUUGUCUUCUUUUCUUCCUGAUGUGUUAAUUAUGACUUUGUUAGUCUUUACUGAGGUUUAAUAUGUAAAAUGUCAUUGAACUCCAAUCUUUUAAAGGAUCAGUCACUGAUGAGACAUUAAUUUUAAUCUCCAACAUGUUCUGAAUGAACACAUCAGGAAGAGUUUCAGUGGAACAACUGAACUGUACAUAUGUUAUUGGAGACAAUGUUCUUUUGACUGGCCUGACAUGUAGUUAUAUUUUAUUUAGAUGUUGAUGCUUGUACAAAUGUUCCUGUGCUCGCUUGCUCUCUCUCUCUCUCUCUCUCUCUCUCUCUCUCUCUCUCUCUCUCUCUCUCUCUCUCUCUCUCUCUCUCUCU